AGAGUACGGAAUAUUUUCAAGUGAGGUGUUUUGGAUUGCUGUGGUCCGCUCUUUGGAAGAAUGAAUGCAACAGAGACAGGGUCAAAACUGGCCUCAGCAGCGCUGAUGUUCAACUGGUUUGAAUACACUGUGUUCUGCUCCAUGCUGCUGUUCUCUCUGCUCAUAGGUGUCUACUAUGGGUGGUUCAAGAAACAAGAUACGGUGGCAGAAUAUUUACUGGGAGGCAAAAAGAUGGGUGUUUUUCCUAUUUCAAUGUCUCUCAUUUUCAGCCAUGUUUCCGGGGUGACCUUGCUGGGUAUUCCAACAGAGAUUUAUAUCUUCGGGACACAGUACAUCGCAAUAUACCUGUGCAACGUGGCUACACUAUAUUUAGUCAACUACUUUUACCUGCCUGUGUUCUACCAUCUGCAGUUAAACUCUCUUUAUGAGUAUUUGGAGCUAAGAUUUAACAAAGGAACGAGGACUCUUGCGUCAUUCAUAUUUGCCUUAUCUUUGGUUUUAUUCAUUCCAGUUGUAAUAUAUGUUCCAGCUCUUGCCUUCAACCAAGUAACUGGUGUGUCUGUACACAUAAUCACACCUAUUGUAAGUCUCAUCUGUGUCUUCUAUACUUCUUUUGGAGGUUUAAAAGCUGUUGUAUGGACAGACACACUGCAAAGUGCUUUCACUCUUGGUUCGGUUAUCUUUGUUGUGAUCCUAGGAUUCUUAAAAAUCGGAAGCAUUUCGGAAGUUUUUAGAAUCAACGGAGAGAGCAGCAGGCUUGAGUUGUUCAAUAUGGAUCUGAGUCCUUUUGAGCGAAACACAUUCUGGUCAGUGGUUAUCGGCUCCACUUUCUUCUGGCUCGGACAGAUCGCUGUCCACCCAGGUGCAGUGCAACGGUUCAUAGCUGUGUCUUCAUUCAAAGAGUCCAAAUCGGUGAUGUUUUGGAGUUUCAUUGGUUUCUUUGUGAUCAAGGGACUGGUAACACUUGUGGGCCUCUUGAUGUAUGCCAACUAUCAUGACUGUGACCCCAUAGCCACUAAGGCAGUUCAGCAGUCUGGUCAGUUGUUGCCCUACUAUGUGAUGGAGGUUGCUCAGCAGUAUCCUGGACUUACAGGACUCUUCAUAUCUGGUGUGCUCAGUGCAGCUCUUAGCACAAUGUCUGCGGGUCUCAACACAGUGGCUGGUACCCUCUACGAGGACUUUGUCCAGUUUGUGCUGAAAGGCAAGAGGCAAUCGGAGGCAAAGCAGGCUUUCAUGCUGAAGAUAAUUGUGCUUGUGAUUGGACUCAUCUGCAUCUGCAUGGUCUUCGUAGUCCAGAAACUUGGCUCCUUAUUUCAGAUGGCUUUGAGCUUACUUGGGGUUACAAAUGGGGCUCUUGUUGGAGUUUUUUCUCUUGGAAUUUUCAUUCCAAGAGCGAAUGCCAAGGGUGCGAUGGUUGGCAGUAUAGUGAGCAUGGUAACGAUGGCAGUAGUUAUUUUUGGUGCUCAGUAUUACAAAGCCAGCGGACUGCUUAAGUUUCCUGGGAAGCUGACAAGUGUUGAUGGAUGUCCUGCGGAUCUACUCGCUAGUCUUCCUUUCAAUGCAUCUGAGCGCGUACAGACAUUCACAGGCUUGGGGACACCAGUGGUGGCGGACCCCUCUGUACCUCUCAUAUUCCAAGUAUCGUACAUGUACUAUGUAGCGUUUGGUACUUUGAUAGUCCUGCUUGUGGGGGUGCCUGUCUCCUACUUCACAGAGGCACAGGACGUCUCCUCAUUAGACCCCCGUCUGUUCACCCCUUGUGUAAGGCGGUUCCUCCCUCCCACUCCUGUGAAACCUCCUGCCGAGGAGUACACCUUGGUUAACUCCAACCCUGCCCCGGAGGACUUGAAAGAACCAGCAAAGGAGAGUGUCACGGAGUAUAUCAGUGCAUAUUGUGUGAGUCUGCCAGCUGUACAAGGCCAAUUGUACACAUUAGGGAUUCUGCUUUUCUGCCCCCAAAAGCUGCCAAAGUUUCAUCAUCCAAGUAGUUGUAGAACAGCCUCGGUUCUCACAAUGAAUGGGACAGAAUCACACAGCCUAGCCACAGCAGUGCUGAUGUUCAACUGGAUAGAAUACUCAGUGUUUUGCUCCAUGUUGCUGCUCUCUCUGCUGAUUGGGAUAUACUUUGGCUACUUUAAGAAACAGGACACUGUGGCUGAGUACUUAUUAGGGGGCAAGAAAAUGAGCGUUUUCCCAGUUUCUAUGUCUCUUAUUUUCAGCCACGUGUCGGGUAUUAGUCUCAUCGGAAUCCCAUCAGAAGUUUAUCAGUUCGGAACACAGUAUGCAGCUGUUUUUGUGAGCAUAGUUGUUUUGUACUUCAUGAGUGUCAACUUCUUCCUUCCUGUCUUCUUUCAUCUCCAACUGAACUCACUGUAUGAGUAUUUUGAGCUAAGGUUCAGUAAAGCGACAAGAACACUUGCAUCUCUGAUAUUUGCAUUUUCUCUGAUGACCUUCAUCCCAGUAGUAAUCUACGUACCUGCACUUGCAUUUAAUCAAGUGACGGGCGUGUCAGUGCAUGUAAUCACCCCAAUAGUGAGUCUAGUGUGCGUCUUCUAUACUUCGUUUGGAGGUUUGAAAGCUGUUGUUUGGACUGACACGUUUCAGAGUAUAUUCACCCUGGGUUCAACAAUCUUUGUCCUCAUCCUGGGGUUUUUGAAGGUUGGUGGAGUAUCAGAAGUAUUCAGGAUCAAUGAGAAAGGGAGCAGACUUGAGUUAUUUAAUUUAGAUCCCAAUCCGUUUGAGCGAACCACAUUCUGGUCUGUCUCCAUUGGAUUAUCGUUUGCUUGGCUUAGUUACGUGGCUUUACAUCCAGGAUCUUCACAGAGGUUCAUAGCUGUCGCAACUUUCAAGGAGGCCAAGGCAGUCAUACUCUGCGCAUGUAUAGGUUACAUUGUGGUCAAAGUGCUGACAAUUCUAGUGGGAUUGCUGCUUUACGCCUCUUAUUACGAUUGUGAUCCCGUGGCUGUCAAGAUAGUUGAGAAAUCAGGGCAGAUACUUCCCCACUACGUUUUGCACGUAUCCAGGGACUAUCCUGGGUUAACUGGACUGUUUAUAUCUGGUGUCCUGAGUGCAGCCCUUAGCACGAUGUCUGCAUGUUUGAACACGGUGGCUGGCACCCUAUACGAAGACUUUGUCCAGUUUAUACUGAGAGGGAAGAAACAAACAGAUGCGAUGCAGGCUUUUACGCUGAAGAUAAUUGUCUUGGUUAUUGGGAUUAGCUGCAUUGGACUAGUAUUCAUUGUAGAGAAACUUGGAUCUUUGCUUCAGAUGUCAAUCAGCCUAAGUGGAGUAACCAAUGGAACUCUGGUUGGAAUGUUUAUUUUGGGAUUGUUCUUUCCUACAGCCAAUGCUAAGGGAGCGUUAGCAGGGGCCGUGUCGAGCCUAACAACCAUGGUAGUGAUAGUGUUCGGGGCCCAGUACUACAUAACCUCCGGUAUGAUGAAGUUCCCGGGGAAAAUCACGAGUGUGGACGGCUGUCCUCCUGAGCUCCUCGCUAGACUCGAUUUCAAUGCGACCACCCGAGUGCAGACACACACUGGAGUGGGAACUCCCACGGUCGCUGAUGACUCCGUGGCACUCAUAUUCCAGAUGUCCUACUGGUACUACAUCGGCCUCGGCACUCUGAUAGUCCUCAUGGUUGGACUCCCGGUCUCAUACCUCACAGGACCUCAGGAUCUGAGAAAUCUUGACCCGAAGCUCAUCACUCCUUGCAUCCGCCGGUUUCUUCCUCAAACUCAGAUCUGCCCUGAAAAACACCCAGCUGGAGAAUAUCAAAUGGUCAACACUGAAUUGAGUCCUGAGGAUGUGAAGAAUUCUCAGUCAAUGGAAGCUCAGAAAAUAAAUUCUACACAAUACUAGUGUCGUUAUUCAACCUUUAAAUAACUUUUAAAACGCUACUUGACUGUUCCGUUUUAAUAUUAGGAAUAACUGUUAUUUGUUCAUGUCUUCGAAUAAAAUUUAUAUGUAUGGUU